CACAUUUACCUCCCGGGUCCCCACCGCCCACCGCCAGUGCCGCCCCAGCCCCGCCAUGCCCGCCGACCUCAGCGGCACCUGGAACCUGCUCAGCAGCGACAACUUGGAGGGCUACAUGCUGGCCCUAGAUAUUGACUUUGCCACUCGUAAGAUAGCCAAGCUGCUGAAACCACAGAAAGUGAUUGAGCAGAAUGGGGAUUCUUUUACCAUCCACACGAACAGCAGCUUCAGGAACUACCUUGUGAAAUUUAAAGUUGGAGAAGAAUUUGAUGAGGAUAACAAAGGCCUGGAUAACAGAAAAUGCAAGAGCUUGGUCAUCUGGGACAAUGACAGACUCACCUGUGUGCAGAAGGGGGAAAAGAAGAACAGAGGCUGGACCCAUUGGAUUGAAGGGGACCAACUCCACCUGGAAAUGUUCUGUGAAGGCCAAGUGUGCAAACAAACGUUCCAGAGAGCUUGAUCUGGAUCCAACCGCAGAGUCCACAUGUGGCAGUAGCUUAAUGCUGAAUUAUAUUCCAGAAUAAACAGGUGUUGAUCUGUCCUGGUUUCGUGGAUGGGGCCUUGUGGUCGGAAAGAUGUCACACAUCCUGUACCAGAAGCCAUUUGGAUUGUGAGAAAACGUCUCAGCUUCAAUAAACCUGUCCAAUGAUUA